AUGUACCUCGCUAAUGCAACAAGACCGAAUAUAGGAUUUUCUGUUAAUUUAUUAUUGAGGUAUAGUUCUUCUCAGAUGCGAAGACACUGGAACAGAGUUAAGCAUAUAUUGAGUCACCUAAAAGGGACUAUUGAUAUGAGUUUGUUUUAUACUAACAAAGCUAGUCCAGAUCGUGUUGGUCAUGCAGAUGCUGGUUAUUUAUCUGACCCACAUAAAACACGAUCUCAAACAGGUUGUGUGUUUACAUACGGAGGUACUGCAAUAUCAUGGCAAUCAACAAAACAGUUUAUUGUUGCUAUUUCUUCAAAUCAUGCUGAGAUAAUUGCUAUCCAUGAAGCAAGUAGAGAAUGUGUAUGGCUGAGAUCAGUGAUACAUUCCAUUAAAGAGAGAUGUGGCCUAAAGCUCGAUAUCAAGGUACCCACAGUCAUAUUUGAAGACAAUGCAACAUGCAUAGCUAAAUUAAAAGGAGGCUUUAUAAAGGGAGAUAGAACGAAUCACAUUUCGCAAAAGUAUUCUUCACGCACGAUCUCCAGAAGAAUGGUGAUAUAG